AUGUGUCUGGCUUCACAUUUCCACACGCGUUGUAAUGACCUUCUGCUGUCUAAAUCUAUGUUUUAUAAUUUUAGGACGUUAUAGUAUGAAAUCAAGGUAAAAUGCUGGCCAGUAUAAUCGGACGUCACAUCCUUGGCAACUUUGGGGUGUCCAGAAAGUUUGCCUGUUUAGGGCAGUGGACCACUCAUUGUUCAACACGGUUCACUAGAGGUUUAUAUGGACAGUUGCCCCCAAGACAUGUUGCUGGUGCCGUUCUGGGAGUUCAGUCAUUUCACUGGUCUGGUCAGAGACCGAAAAAACGGCCACAGGAAGAGAGUCCACCAAGAGAACUGGAUUUGCUUCGUUAUGACAUGAGAGACCUAAAGAAAGCUCCAAAGCCGGCCCUCUUUCUUGGAUUUUCUGGUCUAAUACCUUUUGUAUCCGCUCCUCUACUUAUGGCUGUCACGGAACAGUAUCUUCCCGAAGUUGCAUUUGCUCAAGUUGCAUACGGAGCGUCCAUUGUUUCCUUUCUUGGUGGGGUACGCUGGGGUUUCGCCUUACCUUCUGGAAGUCCAGCAAAACCUGACUGGCUCAAUUUAGCCAACAGCGUGGUUCCUUGUCUGAUUGCUUGGACAGCACUCCUUUUUUCCCAUGACAUUACACAGUCUGCUGUGCUUGUGGUAAUGGGGCUCGGGAUAUCAUUGCAUUAUGACCUGUCCCUCAUGCCUACAUACCCCAGCUGGUUUAAAGCACUGAGGACAAUCCUCACAGCUGUUGCCUUUUUCUCCUUGAUAGGCACUGUUGUCAUUAAGCAGUUUUAUCCUGAGAAAAAGUAUCUCCCUGAUAAAUGAUUUAGGCAUAACUGUUGGCUAAUGUCAGUCCAUCGUUAUAAAACAUGUUAAAAGUGACUAAUAAUGUUUUGCAUCAAAUCUACACCAUGUUGAAUCACUGAAUCUUUCUUUGUUUUCAUUUCUGACUCCAUUCUCUCACUUUUUUUGAUAAAAUAUCCAUUUGGCUUUCUAUUUUUGACGGGUUGGCCAAAUUCCAGUAAUGAAUUCAAAUGACAAUGGACAGUUUUUCCUGACAUUUAAUAUAACUUUGCACACUGCCAGUUAGAUUGUGAAAUGUCAAUAUUUAAAAUUAUGUAAAAUAAAAUUAGAAUUGUAUGUUUAUAGAUUAGAAUUAGUGUUUAAUGUUCUGUUUUGUUGGAAUUUAUAGGAGUUUCUGUUAUGUCAGGGGCGGGUGGUAGUGCUAAAGAGUAGAUGUGGUUAGGGUGAGGAUUUAGCAAAGGCUGUGAUCACAGGUGGGCACAAAUACAUAAAAAAAUCCUAAUACUUAAUUAGAGUAAUCAAUUGUAUUUAAAUACAAUACAAAAUACUGUUAAAACAAAAUAUUUUAUUAAAAUAAAAGUAAUUUGAAAAUAGAAACAAAAGCAGUUCCCUGACCAACGAACGAACAGCUUAUGAUUACGAUUCAGGCAACAUUAUAGGUCAGAUCAGAAUAUUAUCAGGUUCCAUCUGUUCCAUUCCUUACAUGUAAGUAUAGAAUAGCAGAAUAUCACUGUUUAGUGUUGAUGUGAUUGUAACGUACAUGUUGCCGCAUACUGUCAUAAUAAAAGAUCAUUACGACUGCCAGUCUGCCACCAGGUGGCGAAUUCCGAGAGUCCGAAUUUCGUGUGCAGUGGAAAGGCGGCUUUACAUUGAUUUAAAAAGAUUAGUACAUCCACACAUGAAAAUUAGCCCAUGAUUUAUUCAUCCUGAAGCCAUCCUAGGUGUAUAUGACAUUAUUCUUUCAGAAGAAUACAUUCAGAAUUUUUAAAAAAUGUCCUGGCUCUUCCAUGCUUUAUAAUGGGAGUCAAUGGCUGAAUGUCUUUUUAAGUCCAUCAAAGUGCAUCCAUUCAUGAUUAAAGUGCUCCAUGCAUCUCCAGGGUUUACUAAAGGCCUUCUUAAGUGAAGCGAUGCAUU